GGAGCAGAGAGCUGGCUUUAAGCCUUAAAGCUAUAGUUUUUUUCCUCGGUCCGUGCUGUUCUGCACGACGAGAUGCGAAGGUAACGCGUUGCAAUCAUGCAUGCGAGGCGGAGCGUGUUAGCUUAGCUCCGCGGUCACCACCACUCGUCUUUCUGUUCCAUGUGAGGAGGCGAGAGCCAUCCCGUUUGUGCAGUGCAGCGCUCGCUUUGAUCGACCUCGCUUCUCGCGCACUCAUGGUCGUCGUGCCUGUUCCUCUUCCUCUAAGCUUCAGUUUUUGGCCGCAACGCCAAGUGAUUUGCUCGUUGAUUGAUACUGUCCAAUGGCGUCACGUGCCACAUUGACACUUGAUUCUCCACGGCUCCAUUGCAUCGCCUUAUAAAUGGCAGGGCUCCUGGCUCACUGCAACCUAGGGUCCCUGUAUGAUCACUAGCCAAGCUUCCUCUCUGGACUCUCCUGUAUCUCCCUUUCGUUUCCCUGUGAUUCAUUAAUGCUCUUGGAAUCCUCGAUUCCAUAUUACAGCUCUUUGCAUACCAGAUCACCUAAAAAAACUGCAGAUUCAACCGUACCUGCAUUCUGCUUCUGAAUAACUGCAGCCCUUUGCAUACCAGAUCACCUGCAGUUUCUCCUCCUGAAAACUGAGAAGUGUUUCUUGCUGACUUUUCAUUUCUACCAAGGUAACAUUUCCCCUUUGAAUUAAAUUUGUUCGGUUUGCCUUGCAGUACCAGUCAUCAAUCUGCAAGUUGCUGCAUGAUUGCAUCAACGAUCUAAGAAAGGCGUAUGUGUGCUGCUUGUUCUUGGUGGUUCGCUUUACUGAGUUCCCACUUCAUCACUGGAUUCUGACUAAUUAAGCAACUCGUCAUUCAUAGCUUAUACUAUAAUCUUUCUUUAGUACACUGAAGAUUUUUGUACUCAACAGUCAUGUAGAGUUGCAGGAUAACUGAUUUUCUAUUGCCUCCUCUCUGCAAGUCUGAAACUGAAACGCACACAUCCUCUGAAACUUUUUUGUUCUCCUUUUCAAAUCAGGCCUGAAGGUGCCCGCGAGGAAUUCCCGCCAUGGGCAUCACCCGCGCGCACAUCGUCAAGAAUGACUCCCUCGAGGGCAUUCUCGGCGACUACGUCGGCGGCAAGGGCGGUGGAAGGUCCACGCGCGGGGCGAAGCACUCUACACGGCUGGUGGGCGCGCUGACGUGCGUCCAGUUCGGUUUCGCCAUCUACGCCACCUUCCUCCUCUACUACAUGAGCCCCGCCGUGGACCUCCGCGUCAAGCCGGACCUGGCGUGGGCGACCCGCAUCGCGCAGCACUGGAAGCAGCUCAUCGCCACGCAACCCGGGGGGGACUCGCCGCCGUUGUCCCCACAGGAGGUGUGCGAGCACGAGAGCAUCGACUUCGAGCAGAAGAAGUCGACGGACGAGGUCAUGAUCCGCCUCAAGCGGGAGCUCUACGACGAGGUGCUCGCGUUCCAGCAGCGCAGCUUCGGCGCCGAGACGCUCCCAGAGUUGCUCCGGAUGCGGUCGCGGUGGAGCGCGUCGGGCCCCAACGUGCCGCGCGUCACCGUGAUCCUCAACCACUUCAAGCGGCGCACGCUGUGCGCGCAGCUGGACCAGCUGCGGCGGCAGACGCUGCCGUUCCACCGCGCGUGGGUGCUCUCCUUCGGAAGCCCCAACGAGGCGUCGCUCCGCCGCAUCGUCGAGAGCUACAACGACUCGCGCGUCAGCUUCGUCUCCUCCGGCUACGACUUCAAAUACUACGGCCGCUUCCAGAUGGCGCUGCAGUCCGAGUCCGACUUCGUCUACGUCCUCGACGACGACAUGAUCCCGGGCACCCGGAUGCUGGAGAUUCUCUGCCACGUCGGCGGCACCGACAAGUACGGUAACGCCGUGCUCGGCAGCAUCGGCCGCAUCCUGCCCUUCCGGCAGAAGGACUUCACCUUCCCGAGCUACCGCAAGUUCCGGUCCAGGGAGGCCGGCCUCUACCUCCCCGACCCGGCCUACGACAUCACCGUUGACCGAAUCGUGCAGGUGGACUUCCUUUCCAGCUCAUGGUUCCUCCCCGCCGACCUCGUCAAGUCGCUCUUCAUCGAGACGCCAUUCACCUUCAUGACCGGCGAGGACCUGCACCUCAGUUACCAGCUGCAGAAGUACAUGGGCGCCGGCUCCUUCGUGCUUCCCGUCGACCCCGCCGACAAAGAAACGUGGGGGGACAGCGAGCAUCGCCUCGCCUACGUCUCCGAGACGACCGUCAUCUUCAAGGAUAUCGUGCAGGUGCGGGAUGAGCAGUGGUGGCGCGCGCUCACCUCCGGCUACGUCACGCAGUGGGCGGCCAUGAACCCGCAGAAGGUGGACGCGCUCUUCUACGCGCACUCGCUCGGCGAGGUCAGGGCACUGGCGCCGCUGCUCGAGAAGUUCCGCACCACGCCCGGCCGCAAGGCGUUCCUCGUCGUGUCCGGCGGUGGGCACUGCCCCUGCGAGGAGGCCGCGACGGUGCUCAAGUGGCCCAAGGUGGUGUGCAAGGAGAGGAGGUUCAAGAUCUUCGACCUCGGAAUCGGUUCGCUGUCCGGGCCGUCGCGCUCUGAGGUCCCCGUGCUGCAGGCCGUGUACGCCAGCAUGCGUGGCCUCGUCCGGAUGCACAACCCCAGCGUGAUCGUCACCCUGGCUGACGUCGACGGCAAGGUGAAGGACGCGCUCCGCAUGGCCGCCGACGCUGCCGUGAACCGCACCGCGCUCGUCCUCCUCCCGAGGAGCUCCGUAUCCAAGGUGCUCUGGAUGGCCACCCUCAAGCCCGCCUCACUGCCAAACUGGAACCGGAUGCGGAUCUCGGUGAACAUCAUCACGCAGAACCGCGCUAAAUCGCUGCUGCGGCUGCUGACCUCGCUGCGUAACGCCUUCUACCUGGGCGACGAGGUGCCCAUCAGCUUCAACAUGGACAGCCGCGUGGACGCGGCGACGCUCAAGGUGGUGAGCUCCUUUGACUGGCCGCACGGGCCCAAGACGCUCCGCCGGCGCAUCAUCCAGGGCGGCCUGAUCCGCGCCGUGAGCGAGAGCUGGUACCCGUCGUCCGACGACGACUACGGCCUCCUCCUGGAGGACGACAUCGAGGUGUCCCCCUACUACUACCUGUGGGUGAAGUACGCGCUGCUCGCCUACCGCUACGACCCCUCCGUGUCGCUGCCGGAGUUGUCGUCCAUCUCGCUCUACACGCCGCGCCUGGUGGAGGUGGUGAAGGAGCGGCCCAAGUGGAACGCCACCGAGUUCUUCAAGAAGGUGCACCCCAACACGCCGUACCUGCACCAGCUGCCCUGCAGCUGGGGCGCCGUCUUCUUCCCCAAGCACUGGCGCGAGUUCUACGCGUACAUGGCGGCGCGCUUCACCGAGGACGCGAAGAAGAACCCCGUGCAGAUCCCGCGGUCGCGCACCAACGGCUGGCAGGCGUCGUGGAAGAAGUUCCUGAUCGACAUGAUGUACCUGCGCGGGUACCUGAGCCUGUACCCCAACUUCCCCAACCAGACCAGCUUCUCCACCAACCACAUGGAGCCCGGCGCGCACAUCAGCGCCAAGGACAACGUCCUUAAGCACGACAAGACGGACUUCGAGGUGCCGCUCGUCCAAGGCGACUUCUCGCUGCUGCUGCCCAUGGGAAAGAUGCCGCCGGCGUCCAAGCUGCCCGUGCUCAACCUCUUCAACCAGGCCGUGUCCAUGAAGGGACUCAAGGCCGCAGGCGCCAAGCUCGGACAGGACGUCAUCAGCUGCGAGGCCAAGGAGCUCGUCACCGUCGAUCACAUCACCGGAUUGCCCACAAACUGCACCGCCUUCUGAGAUUGAUUUCUGUCACACGGCUAGCUAGCUCACUUCAACACGCAGGUUGCAUUGCAUUGCGUGCAUAUUGAUUCCCACGACGAUCAACUUACUAUUCGGUCUGCACGCGAUCUAUUCUUUGUUUCAUGAGCUCUACAAUAUAUUGUACUUAGUUUUGAAUUUGUAAUUUCGAUUUCUUUUGUACCAUUUAGCACUGUCUGAAACUCUUCAAAGGGGCAGAGAUAGUGUUUUUGCGCUUGGUGGGGAGGGGUGAUUUGUAAAGAUGAGACCAGAAGUGGCUUCUCUUUACGGUCAAUCGUCUUUGGAGAAUCAAUUCAUAAAUGAAUAUUACAAUAAGGCAUGUUCGAGCUGUUAGUUGUAUGA